GCAACUGACAAAGAGUCAAUCCAUUCUCCAAUUGCUGAGCUGUGCGGUUCUUUUGUUGUCGUUGUUGUUGUUUCCCCCAAGCGGCUGAAGAUUGUUUUCAUUAAAGAGCCAAUCGUUUCAUAAUCGGAAAUUCUAUAUACUCUUGAGAAGACGUUAUUUCUUGUUCAUACUGAGAGUGACGCUACUGAACUGACUAUUGAGGCAAGUGCUAUUUGAAUAUCACUUCUCAUAUUGUCUAAACGUUAACGACUUAGUGUCAAUUCCACAACUAGGAUCCAUAGAUAAAGCACAGAGAGAAACAGAGAGAAGAUAAAUCACACAACUAAAAUAUGGAUAAAGUAUACUCAGCAACCUAUUCAGGUGUCGCUGUGUAUGAGCUGGUCAAUGUCACAGGAUCAGUCAUGAGAAGGAGGUCUGAUGGAUGGGUGAAUGCUACACAUAUUUUGAAAACUGCAAAUUUCCCCAAGGCUAAACGUACAAGAAUCUUGGAAAGAGAUGUACAGACUGGUGAACAUGAGAAGGUGCAAGGUGGUUAUGGUAAAUAUCAAGGUACUUGGGUCCCUUUAUCAAGAGCAAGAGAUAUAGCUGCCCAAUUUGGAGUUGAAGAAGUGCUGGCACCUUUAUUCAAUCUAGAAAGUUCAAAUGGAGCAAAUUCACCACCACCAGCUCCUAAACAUCAUCAUGCUUCCAAAAAUAAUUCAAUGACUGCUGGUGGUGUUGAAAAACCAAGUUCAAAUAAAAAAGUUGCAGCGAGAAAGAUUGCAAGUAUGCCUGUUGGGAUAAAUAAAGAUCUUACACCAGCAUCUGCUCUAACGAAGAAAAGAGGUCGACCUAGAAGGUCUCCAAAUCAAAAAGUUAACCAAUCUGCCAGAGAAAGUCUGGAAAAGGCAAUUUAUUCACACGCGGGAAAUAUAAGGAAUAUAAAUGCAACUGAUAAAUGGUAUGAUAGCAAUUCAGAAUACACUGCAAGAUUACUUGAAUAUUUUGCAGCGCCAGAUGAUGAUGAUACACACGAAUCUAAAGUUCCAGAUUUCUUACUACACCCUCCAGAAGGCCUGAAUGUUGAUCAAUCUGUUGAUGAUGAAGGUCAUACUGCAUUUCAUUGGGCCUGCUCUAUGGGAAAUCUACAAGCAGCUGAAGCUUUAAUCAAUUUAGGAGCAAAUUAUAGAGCAGUUAAUAAUUCUGGGGAGACACCUUUGAUGAGGGCUGUGAUGUUUACCAAUUCUUAUACAAGAAAAUCAUUUUCAAGAUUAGUUGGAUUAUUAAGUGAGACUAUUAUGGAUGUUGAUUCAACACACAAGACUGUCUUACACCAUAUUGCUGCUGCUGCAACAUCUAAAGUACGGGUUCCUUCUGCAUUAUACUAUAUGGAUAUACUACUGGCUAAAUUAGCCGAAUCUCAAAGACAAGAAAGAUUACAAGGAUACCUUAAUCUACAAGAUAAUAGUGGUGAUACUGCCUUACACCUAUGUGCAAAGAAUGGAAAUAGAAAAUGUAUCAAACUGUUGUUGGAUUAUAAAGCAAAGACUAAUUUAAAGAAUAACCAAGGCUUAAUUGCAUCUGAUAUCUUGCUAAGCAAUGAAAAUAUUACUCCAAAAGUUCAACAAAGAUAUGAAACACAUUUGAGAAAUCAACGCGUUGCCUCACAAGUUCAUUCCGCUUUCAAUAGAGUUGCCCAACCCCAUAUAUCUGAGGCAGCCAUAGAAGCAAGUCAUAAAGUUACUGAAUUUAUGGCUGAAUCAUUGAAUGAGUUGUCAAAUGCAUUUGAUUAUGAAUUACAACGCAAAGAAGCUGAUGUAUCGGAAGUUCAAGAACUGUUGAAUAAUAUGAAUGAAGAAAUAAGAUUGAUAAGUUUGAAGACUAGCGAAUUUCUGAAUGAGAAAUUAGAUGAAAAACAAUUGGAGAAUAGAGUUAAAAUAGUACAGGAUCAAGUUAAACGAUAUGAAUCAUUAGUGAUCACAAAAGAAGUUAAAUUAGGGAAAUUGAUAGAACGUUCACAGGCAAAGUCUCUGGCUAAAUUAGUUAAAAAACAAGAGGAUGCACCUAAAACAUCUGAGGCAACUAAUGAUGAUCAAUUUCAAGAUGCUGUGGAGCUAACGACUCUUCAACUGAAUAGAAAAAAGGAAAUUGAAGAGAUUAUUCAUUUAUAUUCAGGUAUUGAUGGUUCAAAUGAAAAAAUGCUGAAAUAUAAAAGGUUAAUAUCGGCUUGCUCAGAUGUGGAGAUUGAUCAAGUCUCUAAUAAAGUUGAUGAAUUAUUACAGGAGAUUGAAAAAGGGUUAUAUCAAUAA